GUAUUUUUCAUAUUUUCUCAAGACCUAGUGUUUUCAUCUCUCAGCCUCCCCUCAUAUAUAACCGAAACAAAACCCUAGAAUCGCUUCUCCAACGCCUCACACACACUCGGAGAGAGGGAGAGAGAGACAGAGAGCUCUUCAGAAAUGGUGACUUACAGGAUUCAUCAGUAUCAGGUUGUAGGGAGAGCUCUUCCUACGGAGACCGAUGAGCAUCCGAAGAUCUACCGCAUGAAGCUCUGGGCUACCAAUGAGGUUCGGGCCAAGUCCAAGUUCUGGUAUUUUUUGAGAAAGCUUAAGAAGGUCAAGAAAAGCAAUGGUCAAAUGCUUGCGAUCAAUGAGAUUUUUGAGAAGAACCCAACCAAGAUCAAGAAUUAUGGUAUCUGGCUGCGGUAUCAAAGUCGAACUGGGUAUCACAACAUGUACAAGGAGUACCGUGAUACCACACUGAAUGGUGCUGUUGAGCAGAUGUACACUGAGAUGGCUUCCCGCCACAGGGUCCGUUACCAUUGCAUCCAGAUCAUUAAAACUGCUACCAUCCCAGCCAAGCUUUGCAAGAGGGAGAGCACCAAGCAGUUCCACAAUUCCAAAAUCAAGUUCCCCUUGGUGUUCAAAAAGGUCAGGCCACCAUCUAGGAAGCUGAAGACCACAUACAAGGCAUCCAGGCCCAACUUGUUUGUGUAACUCUCUCUUGAUCAUUUGUUGAAAGAUAGAUGAAGAGUGGCAAGACACAAUCCAAGUUUUGAAAAUUUGUUGGUGAGUUAGUUGUCAAUUUGUGCUUUCUUUGAUAUUGUUUGGGUUUGAGAAUUUUAGAAUAUCAGAUAUUGAAAGAUCUUUAUUUCAGAAUUUAAAUCCUGUUUACUUUAUGAUUUCCUCAGUAUCUUUGCCAUAUGAUGACAAGACUGUGAACCUUAGCCCCCCUUUCUUGCUGUUAUAUUCAUAUGUUUAUCAUUUAGUGGUGGCUUUUGUUUUGGAGAGGCCUCUA